CAGGGCUCAGGGCCCACCCUCCAGGUGGGGUCCAGUUGGUCUGUGCAAGGCAGGUGGAGGACGCAGCCCGAACCGAUUAAGGUCCGGCCACCGCCCCGCCCCCGGCUAACGAGGCAGCCGCGAACGCCCCAGGGCUCCCGCCUCCCCCAGGAGGCUACGCGCGUUCUGCUCUUUCCCCCUCCCCCGCCGAGGCCGCGCGCUCUCCGCCCCCCACCUCUGCCGUCCCCGCCGCCGCCAUCUUUGUUGAGGGCAGCCGGCAGCCGUGGGAGGGAAGAGGAGGCGGCGGCGGCGGGAGAUGCCCAAGUCGUGCGCCGCCCGGCAGUGCUGCAACCGCUACAGCAGCCGCAGGAAGCAGCUCACCUUCCACCGGUUCCCGUUCAGCCGGCCGGAGCUGCUGAAGGAAUGGGUGCUGAACAUUGGCCGAGGCAACUUCAAGCCCAAGCAGCACACAGUCAUCUGCUCGGAGCACUUCAAGCCCGAUUGCUUCAGCGCCUUCGGCAACCGAAAGAACCUGAAGCAGAACGCUGUGCCCACAGUGUUUGCUUUCCAGGAGACGGCACAGCUGGUUAGGGAGAACACGGACCCUGCCGCAGAGAGGAGCGAUGCCCAGGCGCAGCAGCUGGGGAAGGACUUCUCUGGUGCAGGGGCUAGAGAAUAUACCCCAGGAAGAAAGAUGGAAAUUCCACUUGACAAGCACCAGUUAUCCCCAGAUGCUGAGGCUUCUGAAAAAGAGGUCUCCUCCUACAGGACAGAAGAAGCCGAGUCCCACCUCCUGCCCACUUGUCCCACAGGGCAGAAAGGUUCCCCUUCCCUUCCGGAAUCCGAUCACAGCUAUGCUCUCCUGGACUUAGAUGCUUUAAAAAAAAAACUUGUGCUCACCCUGAAGGAAAAUGAAAGGCUACGCAAGAGGCUAAAGCUGCAGAGGGUGGCAAUGAGAAGGAUGUCCAGCCGCCUUCAGGCUCUCCAAGAGGAAAAGAGGCGACAGAAAGCCCUUCCGAGUGGAGAGGAGCCGCCAGUGGCCUGAGGCAGCAGAGCUCCCUCCUCAGAAAGAGAUGGCAGCCCCUGCUUGCUCACUCACUUCUUUCAGAGCCCUGCUGUGGGUCCCGUUGCUGGCAUGUUGCUCUCAACACUUUGAAAAGACCAGCACUCAGGAUGUGGCAGAGGAAAGGAGUGUUGGGGCAUAACAUCAGAGGAGGGAAAAAACUCAGUGCCCAGGGAAGGCAGGAGCCUCAAACAGAAAACAGAGAUGAGCAUCAUUCCAUUCCAAUGUUUGCUUUCUUGAUACUCCAUUUUAUUUUUUCAAAUCUUUACCUUCUGUCUUAGAGUUGAUGCUCUGUGGUUCCAAGGCAGAAGAGUGGUAAGGGCUAGGCAAUGGGGGUUAAGUGAGUUGCCUGGGAUCACAUAGCUAGGAAAUGCCUGUCAAAUUUGACCCCAGGACCUCCCCAUCUCGGCUAGGCCAAUCCUCUAUGAAGUCACUCCUGCUAGCAAAACCUGCACCUGUGAGGGUCUGUCCAGUUUGGCUUACCAGUGCCCUACUGUAAAGUGUUAGAGAUUGGCCCCAGAUUCAGUGUGCUUCCUGUCCCUUCCUAGUCUGAGAGUAUAAGCUCUGCUUUCCACAAACACUGCAAAUUUCCAUCCUUUGCUAAAUAAAUAGGAAUCACUAGUUUUGAGUUUCUUUGCUCAAUCCAGGCUAUUGUGGACACAGAAAAAGACUCCAAGAAACAGUUUCACUUUAUACCUUGUAAAGCAGUGGACAGGGCAGAUAUCUUUGAGAAAAAUAUUUUUUCUUUAUUAAAAAAUGCCACCAUUGUGGACUACCCCACUUCAGACUUCAUCCCAUCAGUGUCAUCUCGAACACUGACACCCCCUUGCUGUCCAUACAUACUAUGGUUUGCAUAAACAUCGGUACCUUGAUGUGCAAUAUAGCCUUGUGUUAGGCAGAAGGAGGCACAAGAUCUGUGCUUACUGAGCUUAUGUGGUAGUGGAUGGAAUAAAUCUUGAAGCAGCUUUCCAUAAAA